AUGAAUUCAACCGAGCAUCAUUUAGAGUUUCUUUGCUGGAGAGCGGCUCCGGGAUUGGUCCAGGAGCCGGCGGCCGGGAGACGCAGCCCGCUCAUUGGUGGAUAUACAGAAAGGAAAAAAACGGGCCUUUGUGCGGACUCGGGCGAUUUAUUCCCGACUAUUAGUUAUGGUUGGAUGAACCAGCUCGAUUAUAGGGACGUGCACCGCGCGGGCCUCGACUGUCGAUAG